CUCUCUCUUGUCUACUGUUAAAGCAGAUCUAAUUCAUCAUCUCUACAGUCGAAUCCAAGCCGGAAGGAGAAAAAUUUUACAGACCAAUAAUGGCAGCCGGAGCACCCGACCCGUUAUUUGCCCUGAGGAACAACUUCUACUUAGGUGCAUACCAAGCCGCCAUCAACAACAGCGACGUCCCGAACCUCUCAUCCGAAGAAGCCGUCGAAAGAGAUUCUCUGGUUUAUAGAUCUUACAUUGCUCUAGGCAGUUAUCAGCUUGUGAUUAAUGAGAUCGACUCCUCAGCUGCUACUCCUCUUCAGGCCGUCAAAUUGCUCGCUUCGUAUUUCGCAAGCCCUGCUGACAAGGAAGCAACAAUCUCAAGUAUUAAGGAGUGGUUGGGAGAUCCAGCCAUUGGGAGCAACCCUAUUUUACGCCUUAUUGCUGGAAUCAUAUUCAUGCAUGAGGAGGACUACAAUGAAGCUCUCAAACAUACAAAUGCUGGGGGAACUAUGGAGCUGCAUGCAUUGAACGUCCAAAUAUUUCUUAAGAUGUACAGAUCAGAUUAUGCAGAGAAGCAAUUAAGAAUCAUGCAACAGAUUGAUGAAGACCAUACUCUAACUCAACUUGCAAAUGCAUGGAUGAAUAUAGCCGUAGGUGGUUCAAAGAUACAAGAGGCAUAUCUUAUCUUCCAAGAUUUUUCUGAGAAGUAUCAGAGUACAUGUCUCGUCCUGAAUGGAAAGGCUGUUUGCUGCAUGCACAUGGGAAACUUUGAUGAUGCUGAGACACUGUUACUUGAUGCCCUAAACAAGGAUGCAAAGGAUUCUGAGACACUGGCCAAUCUGGUGGUCUGCUGUCUUCACCUUGGGAAGUCUGCUUCGCGGUUCCUCAGCCAGUUGAAGUUGUCACACCCAGAUCACUUGCUUGUGAAACGGGUAUCGUCUGCAGAAGAUAAUUUUGAGAGGGCACUUCAAACAGUUGCUUGAAAAUUGCCGCAUCGCCUGCUACUGCAAAACUAGUGUUGUUUCUGGUCUUUACACCAUUGUCCUGGUUUUACUUCAUAUGAGCUAGGAAACAAACUUGGUCAUUAUUCUGAAUUGUCCGUAAUACAUCGAUAGUUGCGACUUCUCUCUUGAAUCAGAUAGUGUUUUACAUAUGAAAUUUUUUUAAGUGGCUACAGGUUUCUUGUGUUCCAUUGCCGCCAUUUUGGAGAUCCAUGUACCGACUUUUUUUCGGAAUAGAUAUUGCCAAGAGUUUCAUUUCA